AUGAGGCAUCCCGCACUCCAACAAGUCUAUAUAGGCAUUGGCCCUAAUAACUACGAGCCCCUUGAAUCCUAUCACGCCAGUUUUUCUAUCUACGAACAGGAGCACAAGGCGCUGCAGACUCGCCUACUGCAGCUCUGCCCGUUCCACCUCUGCUUAAAAGGGUCCCUUGAAAACUCCUGUCCGCGACCUGUUCUCGUGUCGAAGCAGCACCAGGAGCAACUGGCUCGGCUUCAUGAGGCCUUGACUAUUGCAAUCGUCGACAUCGUCGACCGAUGGUGGUCGGAUCGCGAGGCGCGAUUCCCCGAGCGUAUGCCGUCGGAGAAAGAGGAGGAGGGAUUGCUUCGUUGGCUAGAAAGUCACCACUCUGUCCCCUACAGAGAUGUCCUCGGCUCCUGGAGACCCGACUUCUUAGUUGAAGACGCUGCCAGCGAUGGACACAUCCCAUCGCAAGAGAACUUCCGUCUCACAAAUAUAUGCGCUCGCUUCUGCUUCAACGGUUUCUUGCACAUGGCAUACGGCCAGGAAGCAUUGCGUGAUCUCAGCGUGGGAAGGGGUGGAAUCACGCAUGCGACGGACCCUGAGGAGAUCUUCAACGGCUUGCUCAGCCUGUUCAGUCCAGACUGCCCACUACACCUCCUCAAAGGCGAAGAGCCUAGCAUUGACAUCCACGUGUUUGUAGACUUCGUCGCCCGCAACACGGGCACCAAGCCGCGGAUGAUAACGCCCGCGAAGCUGAGAAUAAUACCGGAUUCCCACAGAAACGGAAUUUACAAAUUAUGCUGCGUGGUCAGCUCCACCGGCUCAUCUGACAACCACCCCAACACAAUUCCCCACAACAGGGAACUCCUCGAAGAGAUCUAUCAAAUCGGCCUCGAGCUCGACCAGCGGGAGCUCCUCGCCCUCGAUCCUAACCUCCAACGCCAGAUAAUCUAA